AUGUGCAAUAGAUGUGACAUAAAAGAUAUAAUUUUUAAUAAACUUUCAUAUAAUGACAAAUCUGUUUCCGCGAAUGAGAGUGCACUAACAGACAGCUCAAAUUGGAAUGAAAUAUCUGCCAAUAUAUCGUCAGAUAAUAACAUUCAGGAAAAUUUCCUUGUCAUUUCCGUACUUAGAGAAGAUUUUACAAAUCUAUUGAAACAUAAAGUGUACAAUCGUCGAGUUAAUGGAAAAACGUACUAUCGCUUGCGAAAUGUUUUGGAACCUGGUAAAUGGCAAGAAGUUAUUACAGACAAGUUUUGGCAAACUACACACUUAAAAUGUGCAUUUCAGUUUAAAAAUCAUUAUAUUUCUGAAGACGCUAAAUCUGGUGUCAUCAAUGAAAGAGCUCACGUACUAAUGAAAGAGGGAGAUCCAGUACCUCCUCAUUUAUAUAGUAAUGCUGUUCUACAUACAGCAAAAUCAGAAACGGCAAUGACAGAUUACGUAAAUCCAGAUGUUUUUAAGGCAUUGGUUAUUUUAAAAUUUUCAUCAUUACAAAAUAUAAUUCAUAACAUUGGAUUAGAUCCUUUUUUUAUUCAUUAUUGGAGUAAUCAUCAGCUUAAUGUUUAUAAAAAAUACACUGUUGAAAACAAUGCAUGUCUAUUUGUCGAUGCAACUGGCAGCAUUGUUCAAAAAUUAUAUAAGGCAGACGGAUCAUUCUCCAAACAUUUGUUUUUAUAUAUUUGUGCUAUCAACUGCAAAAGUGGACAAUUUUCAAUUUGCCAAAUGAUAAAAUGGAUACGUUCUGGUGCACCGACACCCAAAGAAGUGGUAUGCGAUGCCUUAAAAGCACUUUUAAUUGGAAUUAUUCGUGCUUUUACCAAUUACUCUAAUAUAGAAGAUUACGCAGAUUCAUCAUUAUCUGAAACCGAUGGAAAUUUAGAAAAUGGUAAUCCUACACAAUGUGAUGAAGCACGAACUAAGCUAGUAAACUUAAUGACGACUGAUGAAUUACAAUUAGAAAAUUUUGAAACAGAUGAUAGUGCUCAAUACGAAAUUGAAAACGAAAUAAAUGAAAUAGAUAAUAUUAUUAAUCCAUUUGAAAACUCAUGGACCACGUGGGGUAAAGAAAUUUUAAGUGACGUCGAAUCAUCUAUUAAGUCGAAUGAAGGCAAUAGAAUUAAUCCACAUUAUUAUCCGAAGUUAAUUGACCGUCUUAUGAUUGAUAUUAGAUCACUACCUCUUUGGACAAAUAUUUGUACAGAUAAAUUUGGUUACGGUCGUAUACCUGCUUCCAGUGCAUCCGUUGAAAGGCAGGGCGAUAAGCAGAGCACCGCCAAAAUCACACGUAGUUGCGGAAGCUAUGGGGGACUGCACCCCCGUGCCAAAUGCAAAUUUUUCGAAGCUGUCUGUCAUAAUUGUAAGAAGAAGGGACACAUCGCUAAAGUGUGCAGAGCGGUGAAGCAAAUUCAAGGCCCCGCAGAAUCAACAAAUCAGGAUACAGCUGACACACAAACUACAACACGAGUCGAUGCAAUACAACGUUUAGACAAGCUUAACAAAAUUAACAAGCUUGAUUCCUCAUCUAAACGCAUGCUCAGGAUUCAGAUCGAUGGUCGAGAUCUCGAAAUGGAGCUAGACACUGGUGCACCUUGUGUGCCGUUAGCGUUGCGCGAUGCAUACGCCAAGGAAAUCGACGCUAACAAGAUAGCAUCCGGAUUUUACGAGAGAAUAGAGCAUUCAGUGUGGGCUUCGACGACGCAUAUAGUAAUGAAGAAAAAUGGUAAAUUGCGAAUCACGGGUAAUUACAAACCUACAUUAAAUCCACGUAUCGUCAUAGAUGAAUAUCCUAUUCCAAGACCGGAAUAUUUAUUUAAUAACAUGAAAGGCGCGAAGCUCUUCUGCCACUUAUACAACUUCGAUAACCUCAUAUUUUCCCUGGAUGCAAUUCUACAACGAUUGAGGAACAACUGUCUGAAACUGAAUCGAGACAAAUGCAUCGUCGCUACUACAACCGUGGAAUUCCUAGGACAUAAAAUUGAUGCACAGGGAAUUCAUAAAUCUGACAAACACAUCCAAGCCAUUAGAGACGCACCGAAACCGUCAUCGCCAGAGGAACUUCACUUAUUUUUAGGCAAAGCAACAUAUUAUGGAUCUUUCAUUGCCAAUCUCUCGAGUAGAAGCCGUCCACUACGGGACAUAUUACACACGCAACCUCUGGACAACGGCAGCAGAAGCAGCAUACAAAGACAUAAAAAAUGCAUUAAUGUCGCCUCAAGUGUUAAUGCUAUACAACUCACAAUUGCCACUGAUUCUAGCAACAGACGCUAG